UGCACUUACAAGUUGGUCUUGCAGUCCGCCAAAAUGCGAAGAAGAAGAUGAAAACCCGCGAUGUUUGAAUUUGUUUCAUUUUGUUUUUUCUUUGCUCGAUGCGCUGGACAUGGAUCGACAUCAAAACAGUUUGGCAAAGACUCCUCUCAACAGUGUUGCAGGUCAGAGGCACAGCAAAAGUAAGAGCUACCAGAUGUCCUGCCGCAGCUGCUUGGGUGGUGCUUCACGUUUUGGUGUCACCCCGGCACUGACAGCCCGGCGACACAACACCACCAGAAAGGCUGCAAAGUUGCACAAUAUCACUGAGAAGGUGAACCCCGAGCAGCUGGCUUUGCUGCUGAAAAAGGAGUGGCAGCUGUCAUACGUUACCCCUCUCCACCAGUUCAAACACACCCAGCUGAAGAGCUACUCCAGGCGGCUGGCAGCGUUUGUCACCGCAGAGAAGCAGGUAGGCGUGGCCGUGGAGGCGGCGGCACCACAGAGCAGCUACAAAGCCUCCUUCUCUGUGGUACAGGGCUUGGCUGAGACGGAUGACGACGCAGAGACGAUCUACAUAGAGAUCCAAUCAAAGCCAUUGUUCGCCAGACACGAUGAGUCUCUGAGGACCGUGUGGAGUGGCUGGCUGACUUGCAUCAAUGCCAACCCUGAAUACGUGCGCUCGUUUUCAGGUGAAUUUGUCUGUCUACCAGUCUUUGCUAGCAACGGGGCGGAGCCGUUCAGUUCUUUAGUAAAAGUCUGGUUCCAGCAGAUCUUUGAUUGCUGCUUUGGUCCUCUGGAAAUUAGCAACAUGAACCUACAGUGGCUGGUGGCAUUAUGGAUAAACUGCCACCCUGAGGUCAACAUCAAGCACCUCAAAUUGGAUUGGACUUUUCCAGUGGCACCACCUUUGGAGGUCGCCUACACCGUUCACCCCCAAGCUGCCUGGAAGCUGUGGAGCAGUGUGAGGAAAGACCCUAAAGACAGGAGAGAGGAAGAGGAGGAGGAUGAGGAUGAGGGUAGUAUUUAUAUUGAGGAGGUCAUGAGUUUCAUGCAGGGGUUGAAGACCCAUUUCUACAGACACUUUAGGUUGGACCUGUCAGCUGCAAGCCUGAACCAGGUGGCGACAGCUGCUGCCUCAGCCAAGCACAGCGGCAGAAUCAAGAUCUCGAGCAGUCGAUACAUGAUCACCACCCUGACGCUGCUGACAGAAUGUGCCCUCCUCAAAAUGCCCAUCUGAAUAAAGACUUUUUGCAUAAA